AUGAAUGUCCAAGGCUACCCCCUGUACCGCCGGAGGGCUCCCAGCGGGACGGCCGUUAAAAACGGCCACUUGAUCGACGCCGGGGACGUCGUCCCUUGCAGCCCCGUGCUGUCGCGUAAGCUGGGUUGCCACCUGAACAUAGAGCACUGCGCUUCUCUCAAGUCCGUGAAAUAUCUCUACAAGUAUAUUCACAAGGGCCACGAUCGCGCCGUCCUCAGCGUGCAGGCAGACGAAGUGCAGCAGUACAUCGACACACGUUACGUCGGCCCAUCAGAAUCCACUUGGCGACUGUUGACUUUUCCUAUACAGUGUAAGUCCCACACCGUGCAGCACUUGGCGGUCCACCUGCCGGGCCUUCACCGGCUGCGCUUCCACGCAGGCGGCGAAGCGCAGGCGCUCAGCGACGGCAAGCAGACCAUAUUGACAGCAUGGUUUGAGCUCAACUCCGCCCUCCCAGAUGGACAGGCACCGGCGCCGCAGGACCUCCUCUACGUCGAUGUGCCCAGGUACUUCACGUGGGACCGAGGCUCCACGAAAUGGAAACGCCGAUCUCGGCAGACACCGUCGGCCGACGUCCUCGGUCGUUUGCAUGCGUCCACGCCGGCCGAAGGCCAGCGGUGGUAUCUGUACUUGCUGCUCCUGCACGUCCGCGGAGCUGCCUCGUGGGACGACCUCGCUCCACGCAUUGAAGGCGUUCCAGAAGACGCCCGCGCCCAUGACUUCAGGGCUGCUUGCCAGGCGCGCGGUCUCGCUGAGACGGACGAUGAGUGCACAACCGCCCUGGAGGAGGCCGCCCGCAUCAAGGGGGCCCAAGGCCUCCGCAACCUCUUCGCCGUCAUCCUCCUGCACUGCAACGUCGGGGCCCCCCGAGAUCUCUGCGACAAGUUCGCCACUGAUCUCGCUGACGACUACGCGCGCGAUCACGACGCUGCUACGGCCGCCAACCACGCCCUGGUCCACUUGCAGUCUCUCCUGGCGCAGGCCGGCAAGACGCUGGCACAUUUCAACCUGCCCUCCCCUCCGACGAGCCUCGCGCCUGAGAAAAUCCAGCGGGACCGUCUCCGAGAGCAGGCGUGCGACCGCUGUGCUUGCGCCCAGAGAGCCUCGGAGGCGAGGUCCCAGACUGGACUGGGCAGCGGAUGCUUGGACGGGCCUGGCGGCACAGGGGAGACCUUCGUGUAUCGGGCGGUCAUCGACCUCGCGCGCGGCAAGGGCGAUGUGGCCUUGGCGUGCGCCUGGAGCGGCAUCGCGGCGCUGCUGCUCGAGGGCGGUCGUGCGUGUCACAGCCGUUUCGGUCUGCCAGUGCCUCUGCCGACUGAGGACGUGCAGAGCAACAUUGCCGCCGCGUCUGCACGGGCAGCGUCCCUGCGCUUACCCGACGACAUUGUGAUGGCGAGCGACACGCCGCCCACGGAGCUGUGCAUGGCCGUCUUCCCCGACCUCGUCGCCCGAAGUGCGAGCUGCGCGCGCCCUGAGCCAG